AUAUUUUCCUUGCUUUUAUUUGUGGUUACGUAAAUGAUGAAUCAUGCACAUUGGCUUCUCUAACUUUUGAGUCACUGAAAGCUUGUUCUUUGCUGGCAGUGACAACUGGCCAUGGCUCCUCGAGGUAGACCUAGAAAGGUAGGUCUGAAACGAAUGGAUGCAGCUGUGGAUUCUCUAUGUCAAUUUGGUUUCUCCCCAGUUUUAAUCCGUAAAACAGUGAAGUCCCUCUUAAAGGUUUAUGGAGAUUCAGGGUGGGUUUUCAUUGAAGAGGAUUCCUACAAAGUAGUUAUUGAGAACAUCUUGGAAAAUCAGGAGAAUUGUUUACCCGAGAAGGAUGAAGCACAGGAAGCUGAUGCUAUACCAACCACCAGUAUACAAACUGCAUUAGAAAUGGAGACAAGCGAUCCCCAAACUAGAGAAGAAAUCGAGACAGGUGAUCCACAUACUGCUGCAGAAACAGAGAGAGAUCUUCCAGCACUGGCUGAAGGAGAGGCUUCAGGAAGGACAAAUUUUGAAAAGAUCAAAUCACUGCCACCUGCUGGCGAUCUUCCGAGUCCCAAGAGGAAACCAUGUUAUGGGUGGAUCAGCAGUGAUGAUGAGGAGGAAAUUCUCAUCCUCAGAACCAAUGACUCCCUAAGACGACUGCCAAUUAAGUGUGAAACUCCCUCAAAUGAUGGGAGAAGACGCAAGACACGGUGGGAUGUGAAACCUGAAGAUAGGUACAUAUUCUAA